AAGCUCUUGGGGCAAAUUCAACCCAGUUCUGGCAAUAUGGCACAAAUUAGCAUGCAGUUAAUUAUAAAAUACACAUUGUUACCUAAGGCGCGUAUCUGGAGGGAGACACAUGACGCACUCUCCGUACGCGCGCGUUUCCCGUGAGGCACAAUGAGAAAGUGAGAAGGCGCGGGUCGAUCUCUGACGGAGCAGUGAGCAUCCUCCAUUCACUCCAGUCUGCGCGCAAUGGCACCGUGCGCUCUGCCUGAAAAUGCUGCUCCUCGCGCACUCCAGGAGCUCUUUACCGGACUACGAGACCGGACAACUUUUUUCACUGCGCGGAUGUUGUUUUUUCUCAAUGGCUUCUAAUGAAUUCUCCUCAACGUUACAGUAACAGGUCUGCCAAGCGUCUCACCUCCCAUGUCACCGGGACGUCUCCAUGGCGAUGUUUAGCAGUGCAGAGCGGAUUUGGAACGAGUCGGAGCACCUGGGAUGGGACGGGGGGAAUGAGAGCGUGGCCACAGCAGGACAGGAGGACAACCAGAGGAACUACUACGCCAUGCUCUACUCGCUGCUCAUUCUAGCCAUUGUGUUUGGAAAUGUGCUGGUGUGCCUGGCUGUGCUGAGAGAGAGGUCGCUACAGACUACCACAAACUACCUGGUGGUCAGUCUGGCUGUGGCCGAUUUGCUGGUGGCCUCAUUGGUCAUGCCCUGGGCUGUGUACCUGGAG